UUUUUUUCUUUCUUUCUUUUCCCUGCUUUUUUUGAGAUCAUUCCAGAUUAAGGAAUGCCAAGUAACCUUAGUUUUAUUGUUACCUAUGAUAAUUCCGAACUUUGUUGCAUCAAGUAUGUAUCAGAAACAGCAACUGAAAUUCUUGGUUGGGAAUUAGAUGAACUCAUUGGACAACCCGUGUAUGGUUAUUUUGAUCCGGUACAAAUCCCUUCUUUAGAACGUAUUCAUAUAUCCAAUGUCAUGAACGAAAAACUCUGCUCCAUGGUUAGUUAUCGAUUUCGACAUAAGAAUGGUAGUUAUGUUAUGUUGCAAACAGUGGUUCAUUAUUGUUACGACACGGUGGUGACAACCAAUUGGGUUUAUGAUCCGGAAUCAGUGGGAUAUAGGCAACGAAUGAACAGCGUGGAUGAAGCAUUUGUGGUGAAACCCAAUGGUGAAUUGGAAUUGGCAUCUAUGGGUUCUUUUCCAUGGCGACCCCGAGAUUUAAACGAUAGUAUGAAGUAUAGCCUUAAGGUCUCACAACGUUGGAACAGCAAGUCUCAAGUGGAACAUGAACAAGAACCGCGUUUCUAUUUAUUACUCAAUCGUUAUUCGGAUCUUAUGAAUGUGGUAUAUGUUAGUGAUAUGAUCUCCAAUGUUUUGGGUGUCCAAAGUGAAGAUUGUCUUGGAAAAUCACUCUAUCAAUUGGUCCAUCCUCAUGAUCGUGUCGUGGUCGAAGCUCAAUGUAUGGCUGCCAAGUCUCAUUAUGUCACUGCUCGUAUUCGGUUUGAUUGGAUCGUGGAUGAAACAAAAAACAUAUAUCAACCUGUAGAUACGAUUGUCUGUGGUGCUACUGAUGGUUUGGUCAUGGCUGUUCGAUUGGCUCCAAAACCUAUAAAUAUUUCAUAAUUUUUUUUUUACUUUUUACUUAGUUAAUGCCUAUUAUUUCAUUUAGUU